GGAGUUUCGCUUUAUAUUUCCAAAUGGGUACUGGAUAAAAUCGCUGUGUAUGUCAGAAAAAUUCGAACUUUAAUGGGAUAAACCCAAAAAGGACGCAUCUUUUUAUUUAUUUAUGCAUAUUAUUAUAUCCAGUUUCUACACCAAAUUCGACUUGGGGAUCUGCUAAUCAGCAUUUUGAUUCUUUUUUCCGAAUGGAUUUAACAAGUCCUUUUCUUUUGAAAACCUGUUGCCGUUUUGGUGUUUGAGAUAGCUUAGUUUGUUCUCCAUUUAUUUCCAUGUCGGCUAAACAAUCCAUUUGCGUGGGGCUAAGGAAUCGUAGGAUGAGAAAAACAAAAUGUCCAAUUGUGGUUACUACGCGUUUGAUGUUUUUGGAAAGCACGUUGACUCAAAUUGCCCCAAACUAGAUUUCAAUUAAUGGCGUGUUAUCUAUAUAAGGCUCUCACACUCUCAUUUUUAUUCUGUUCCCAUUGAACUCUUUUUUCUGAGAUUAUGGUACCUCAGAUGAGUACUGUUGUUGCUCUUCUUCUGGGCCUCCUCCUCUGCCAUUGCAGCUUAACAACUGCUCUCUCUAGGCCUUCUGCUUUUGAUGUCCAAUUUGAGGCCUUGAUGGCCUUCAAAUCCGCAAUCUCCGACGACCCGCUCGGCGCGCUGUCCACCUGGACCGCCGCCGCGCACCCCUGCAAUUUUUCCGGCGUGUCCUGCGACCCGUCGACCGACGAAGUAGUAUCCAUCACUCUCACUGAAGCACAACUCGCAGGCACCAUCUCCCCCUUCUUGGCAAACAUAUCCGGCCUGCAAGUCGUCGACUUCACCUCGAACCGCUUCUCGGGCCGGCUCCCUCCCCAGCUCGGCUUCUUGCCGCAGCUCGAAGGGCUCGCUCUUUCCGACAACCUCCUUUCCGGUCCGAUCCCUCGAGAAUUGGGGGAUUUGGAGAAUCUGCAAAUCUUAGAUUUGGCCGACAAUUCAUUCAAUGGAAGCAUUCCUGAUAGCAUCUGCAAUUGCACCCAAUUGUCCGCUCUCAGCCUUGCAUCAAACAACUUGACCGGUACGAUCCCUUUCUGCAUCGGCGAAUUGAUCGAUCUUGAAACAUUCCUGGCUUUCAGUAAUGAAUUGGCUGGCCCUUUGCCUCCUUCCUUUACUAAGCUAGUCAAUUUGAAAACUCUAGACUUGAGCGCGAAUCAGUUGUCGGGAACUCUACCUCCCGAAAUCGGUAACUUUUCGCACUUAGAAAUCCUGCAACUUUUCGGAAACCAGUUCGUCGGCGAAAUCCCUUCGGAAUUAGGUCAGUGCACGAACCUCACUAUGUUGAACAUCUAUAGCAAUAGAUUUACUGGUAGCAUUCCGCCUCAGCUUGGUGAUCUUGUGAAUUUAGAAUCGUUGCGUUUAUAUGACAAUAACUUAUCUUCAACAAUCCCCGCUUCGUUAUCUCGCUGUAGGUCGCUAGUUUCUCUGGGUCUUUCUAUGAAUGAAUUAACUGGGUCGAUACCGUCUGAAUUGGGCACGUUGAGUUCUCUCCAGGUGCUCACGCUUCAUUCGAACCGAUUGACCGGAAGCAUCCCUUCUUCAUUGAUGAACCUGACCAAUCUCGUCUAUUUGUCUCUUAGCUAUAAUUCGUUGAUGGGUCCAAUCCCUUCGAACAUUGGAUCGCUUUCCAAGUUGCAAAGUUUAGUUAUUCAUAACAAUUCAUUUGUUGGGCCAAUUCCCUCGAGCAUCACCAAUUGUUCUCAUCUCACAAAUGCGAGCAUGGCCUUUAACCAAUUUUCGGGGCCUUUACCUAUCGGAUUGGGGAAAUUGCAAAAUCUGACGUUCUUUUCGAUCUCCGAUGGCCAAGUUUCCGGAAAAAUCCCAGAAGAUCUUUUUAAUUGCAAGAAACUUGCUACGUUAAAUCUCGCAGAUAACAAUUUCACUGGGCCACUUAGCCCGAGUAUUGGUAAACUUACUAGCUUAAGAAUAUUACAAUUGCAAGGUAACUCUUUGUAUGGAGCUAUCCCCCAAGAAAUCGGCAAUCUUAGCAUGCUUCUAACGUUAGAGUUCGGUGGGAACAAAUUCUUAGGUCAAAUUCCAUCUACUAUUUGGAAAUUAUCGUCUCUUCAACUACUCAAUCUCGGACAGAAUUCGCUGGAGGGUCCGAUUUCUGAUCAAAUUUCUGAACUAAAACAGCUCACUAUUCUCAAUCUGAGGCUGAAUAGAUUUGUAGGUGCAAUUCCAGAUGCUAUCUCGAAUCUCCAAUUUCUUUCCUUUAUGGAUUUGCAUGGUAACAAAUUCAACGGCUCAAUCCCUCGAUCCAUGAGAAACCUAAAGCAACUAUUGACGUUGGAUCUUUCCUAUAAUAGUUUAAGUGGGUCAAUUCCAGGAGAUGUCAUAUCAAGCAUGCGAGGUAUGCAGAUUUUUCUCAAUUUGUCGAACAAUUUGCUAGCGGGUUCUAUACCGGAGGAAAUCGGAAGCCUCGACAUGGUUCAAGCUAUUGAUUUGUCGAAUAACGGCUUGUCGGGAAGCAUUCCUUCGACACUUAAAGGAUGUAAGAAUUUAUAUUCGCUUGAUUUAUCUGCUAAUAAGCUCUCAGGUGCUUUGCCAACAAGCAUUUUUCCUCAGCUUGACUUGCUUACUAGCUUGAAUCUCUCAUACAACAAGCUCAACGGGGAAAUUCCGAGCAAUAUCGCGGAACUUAAGCAUCUUGUUUCGCUUGAUCUCUCUCGAAAUGAAUUUAAUGGACCGAUUCCGGAGAGUUUGGCUAACAUUACGAGUUUGAGACAGCUCAAUCUUUCCUUCAAUCAAUUUGAAGGCCCAGCUCCAAAAGGUGGCAUUUUCAAUAGCUUAAACAUAUCGAGUUUGGCCGGCAAUUCGGGGCUCUGUGGCUCAAAAUUCUUCUCUUCUUGCCGCAAGAAGUCUCAUCAAUUUUCCAAGAAGAUGCUUAUCAUUGUAAUCACAUUAUCUUCUAUUUCAUUACUCUUGCUAUUGGUGCUUGUGGUUUUAUUUUGCUACCGGCGACGAUAUAAAAACAAAAAGAGUGACGAGCUUGGCUAUAGAAAUGAACCUCCAAUUGUUGUGUGUCUGAAAAGAUUCACACGUAGUGAGUUAGAAAUCGCCACCAAUUCCUUUAGCAAAGACAAUGUGAUUGGCAGUAGCAAUUUGAGCACGGUGUACAAAGGCCGGCUCGAAGAAGCGAAGCUCAUAGCGGUGAAGAAGCUGAACUUGGACCAGUUCCCCAUCCAAUCCGAAAAGUGCUUCUUCACGGAGCUAAAGACGUUAAGCCGUUUGCGGCACAAGAAUCUGGUUAAGGUGGUCGGAUAUGCUUGCGAGACGACAAAGCUCAAGGUGCUAGUCCUCGAAUUCAUGGAGAAUGGGAACUUGGAGAGUGCCAUCCAUGGUAGUGAAGAAGAUCGAUCAAAGUGGACAGUGUACGAGAGGCUGAGGAUAUGUACUGAUGUUGCGAACGGGCUUGUUUAUUUACAUUCCGGAUAUGAUUUUCCUAUUGUUCAUUGUGAUCUUAAGCCGUCGAAUGUUCUUCUCGAUGGAGAUUGGGUAGCCCACGUGAGUGAUUUCGGCACAGCUCGAAUGUUGGGUGUUCAUUUAUUAGAUUCUACCAACCAGCAAUCCACGUCUUCAGCUUUCCAAGGCACUAUCGGCUACAUGGCACCAGAGUUUGCGUACAUGAGGACUGUGACGACAAAGGUAGACGUAUUCAGCUUCGGAAUACUUAUGAUGGAGCUAUUCACCGGGAGAAGGCCGACAGGGACGAUCGAGGAGAACGGCAUGCCAUUAACCUUGCAGCAAUUUGUCGAAAAUGCACUCACGAGUGGACUUGGAAGAGCGCUCGAAAUAGUAGAGCAGGAUAUGAUCCUCAGGACACAAAUGGAAGAAGAUAAGGUUGUAGGUGUUCUAGAAUUGGCUCUGUCAUGCACCCGGAUCUCCGCGGAGGACCGACCGGACAUGAACGAGGUUCUCUCUUCGCUUCUGAAGCUGCGCAAAGAUGACGAUAAUUGCUAGACCAUUUUGGUGUGCUUUUCUUGGCAUUUUGAUAAAUCAUAGUGGCUAUAAUGCUCAAGGUGCAUAGAUUGCUGUAAGCUUUAUAUUCGAAUGCCGCCGCCGUAAAUUUAAAGUUUUGAAUUUGGAAGUAAAGUGAAUCCAUUGUCUUUCCUGUG